AUGCCACAUCUAUCCUCAACAUUCAUCCUCGAGGAACUCCAGUCGCCAGUCCGCAGCUUUCCUGGUAUCAAGGUGCUAUCAUCUGACGGGAUCAAAUGGAGAAUUGAUCGCAUUGGAGAGGCGUUUGCCAACGUACAGUACGUGCUCGUCUUUACUCUUCUGUUUACUCUUCUCUCAGUUCACCUAACCAACAACAUCUACAGCUUACAGACACUCGCAUCGAACGAUCGCGUUGUCACUCCUGUCCCUGGCUACGACACAUCAUCAUCUUUGCAUGCCCCACCAAGUUCCCGCCGCAUUCCUUCGACUGCACUGCGCGCGGCAUCCCGUGCAUCUAGUCAACGCAAGCCUCACUCGGAAUCCAAGAAACAGGCGUGGAAAGAGACAAAGAUGGGAGACGCCAUCAUAAAGCGUCAACCUUCACCUCCCCGCUCCAAUGCAUCCAAGGUCCGCGAGCCUCGCCCGACCAUCGUUCUGUCUUCAGGUGACGAGCGGGAUGAUCCCAUCAAGGAGAAUGACUACAUGCUCACCGGCUACCACGCUGCCACAGGCGCAUAUCGUCUGUCCAUGAGCAAAGGCAAACGCCACCUCGACACCAGUCCGUCCAUCACUGAGAAAUCAGGCAGGCCAGUCAAGAAAGAGGGCAGUCGCCAUCCUGCAAGCCGCCCUUCUAGCCCCAUUGAUUCGUCUGAUGAAGAGGGCGACGCCGCUGAAUUCAUCAGACACCGUCAAGCCAGUUCGCGUUGGGGAGAUGGAGUCUCCGAGCCAGAUGUGAAGUUAUCGGGCAAGCCACUUAGUGUUUCUACAAUCGGUCGACAGACGGCAUCCACCCUUACAAUGGUUACACAUACUCUCCGUCCUAACGGAUUGUUUGGAUUCACAUGCCCGGCCCGUUCAUGCCACGAAGCCUUCGACAAUGGCUUGACAUACGAGCAAUCUGUGGAACACGCUCUCCUCCACGGUAUCGAGAUGUUCGAGAUGGGCCUGCAUGGAUGUCCAUUUGGUUGCCGGCUUGGAUUCAUCGAUCCCCUUCAACAAAGACACCACGUCCUCUUCGACUGUUACUUUGCUCCCCGUGCGCCCUUGCCCGACUUAUACCGAGACGGCAUGCAUCUCUGCAGCCACCCUGAAUGUCGUUCCAAGUAUGACACGGAUGCCCUAAUGCGCCAGCAUUACUCGAAGGUCCACGCACCCGAUAUGUACCAGGCAGAUUCAGCCGCCCUUAACCAAGAUCACUCACCGCUCGCACACGACCCGCAUCCUGAGCAACUUCGACCCAUCUUCCUUUCUCCUUCGCCACAAGCCAUCAUCUGGUGGCCAUCCCAAGCAGCCUGCUAUUUCGAUCCUUGCGAUGUCCUCCUCUAUAGAGUAUCGCAUUCUGCUUCUGAUACUUUGUACGACUCCGCUCUUCUCGAGCUUGUACCUCUCACCACCAGCGAUCUUCUAAUCCUCUGGAAGACCAAAAUUCGCAGUCUACAAAUGGCAGUGCGGUACCCCGAGGCAUCGGCUGGUCGCACAGCGGGGUCCAUUCACAGUGUCCAGAUUCAGGCAUGGAAAUUUACUGAGCUUCCUUCCAACGAGACAUCAGAUCCAGCGGCACAUCUAUUUCCUCCCAUUGCACCCGCGUAUGCCUCACGUAGCCAGCUCCCGUCACCCCAACUGCUCAAGCAGUUAUAUGCUGCCACAACUCAGCGCCGCAAGGUCCAUCUGACCUUCAUCUUUCGACACAGCCAAUCAGCCACAAAGUUACACGAUCAAGAUCAUGUCCGCGAGGCAUUAGCGUUGGCAUCGCACAUCAACGGCCGCGGCAGCGUCACUGUCGUCAGUGUCUCGGUCAUAUAUGGCAAGUAUAUCAAGGGUUGCUUUGCUCCAUCCUUUGGAAACGACAUGGAAACAGAGUUGGAGUAG